GCUCCGAGGCGACUCAAGAUCGUAGGAGGCUCCUCUCUCGUAAAACGUGCCCUGCUGCAGGGGCUGCAGUUGGCGGCUGUAGCCAAGGCUGCAAAAGAGGCUCUCCACCUGGGUCAGGCGACGGCCCAACUAGGUGGGAGGACGCGGGGGCAGCGGGGGUGGCGGUAGGACUCGCUGCCCGUGGUCGCGGCUGCAGAGCCCGUGUGUGGGAGGAGACAGCGCGCACACGCCAGUGGCGGCCAGGGCUUAGGCUUCUGCCUCUCCCGCCUCUCGCCCCAGAAAUGAGCUGGAGCAUCGCCGGUUUGAUUCCAGAGCCCGGAUCGGCAAGCAGAGCAGACCUCAGCAGCGGCAUUGUGAGGACUUAGCUGAGACCUGGAAGUGUAUCCUCCUGUGUUUUUUCUGACUCCUUGGAAAUUAAGGAAUGCAAUUCUGCCACCAUGAUGGAAGGACUGAAAAAACGCACAAGGAAGGCCUUUGGAAUACGGAAGAAAGAGAAAGACACUGACUCUACAGGCUCUCCAGAUCGAGAUGGGAUGCAGGGGAAAAAAAAGGCCCAGAAGACUCAGCUUCUCCUCACCUCUUGCUUCUGGCUCAGAGCCCUCUCCUUAACUCUGUCUCAGCAGCCCAGCCCACACGAGCCACCCUACCAUAGCAAAGCAGAGUGUGCGCGUGAAGGAGGCAAGAAGGCUUCGAAAAAAAGCAAUGGGGCACCAAAUGGAUUUUAUGCAGAAAUUGAUUGGGAAAGAUAUAACUCACCUGAACUGGAUGAAGAAGGUUACAGCAUCAGACCUGAAGAGCCAGGCUCUACCAAAGGAAAGCACUUUUAUUCUUCAAGUGAAUCCGAAGAGGAAGAAGAGUCACACAAGAAAUUCAACAUCAAGAUUAAACCAUUGCAAUCAAAGGACAUCCUUAAGAAUGCUGCAACUGUAGAUGAGCUGAAGGCUUCAAUAGGCAACAUUGCACUUUCCCCGUCUCCUGUGAGGAAAAGUCCGAGGCGCAGCCCGGGUGCAAUUAAAAGGAACUUAUCCAGUGAAGAAGUCGCAAGGCCCAGGCGUUCCACCCCAACUCCAGAGCUUACAAGCAAGAAGCCUCCAGAUGACACGCUGGCCCUUGCUCCUCUCUUUGGCCCACCAUUAGAAUCAGCUUUUGAUGAACAGAAGACAGAAGUUCUUUUGGAUCAGCCUGAGAUAUGGGGUUCAGGACAACCAAUUAACCCAAGCAUGGAGUCACCGAAGCUAGCAAGACCUUUUCCCACUGGAACACCUCCACCUCUGCCUCCAAAAACUGUGCCAGCCACCCCACCACGAACAGGCUCCCCCUUAACAGUUGCAACAGGAAAUGACCAGGCAGCCACAGAGGCCAAAAUUGAGAAACUGCCAUCCAUCAGUGACCUGGACAGCAUUUUUGGCCCAGUGUUGUCCCCCAAGUCUGUUGCUGUUAACACUGAAGAGAAGUGGGUCCAUUUCUCUGAUGCAUCCCCGGAACAUGUUACUCCAGAGUUGACUCCAAGGGAAAAGGUGGUGACCCCACCAGCUGCAUCAGACAUCCCAGCUGACUCCCCAGCUCCAGGCCCAGCUGGCCCCCCAGGCUCUGCAGGUCCCCCAGGGCUACCUGGUCCUCGCAGUGUACCAUCUCCGCUCAAUUUAGAAGAAGUGCAGAAGAAAGUCGCUGAGCAGACCUUCAUUAAAGAUGAUUACUUAGAAACGCUCUCCUCUCCUAAAGAGUGUGGGUUGGGACAGAGAGCAACUCCACCUCCCCCACCACCACCCACCUACAGGACUGUGGUUUCGUCCCCCGGACCUGGCUCGGGCAGUGGUACGGGGACCACCAGUGGUGCAUCAUCUCCUGCGAGGCCAGCUACUCCCUUAGUUCCUUGUAGCAGCACCACUCCGCCUCCGCCUCCUCCCCGGCCUCCGUCCCGGCCAAAGCUACCCCCAGGGAAGCCUGGAGUUGGAGAUGUGUCCAGACCUUUUAGCCCACCCAUUCACUCUUCCAGCCCUCCUCCGAUAGCACCCUUAGCACGGGCUGAAAGCACUUCCUCAAUAUCGUCGACUAACUCCUUGAGUGCAGCUACCACUCCCACCGUUGUGUCAGAAGAUGAUGUUUUUUAUGACAAACUGCCCUCGUUUGAAAGGCGCUGUGACACGCCUGCAGAGAAUGAACAGCCUUCCCUCGUUUGGUUUGACAGAGGAAAGUUUUACUUGACUUUUGAAGGUUCUUCCAGGGGACCCAGUCCUCUAACUAUGGGGGCCCAGGACACGCUCCCAGUUGCAGCAGCAUUCACAGAAACUGUCAACGCCUACUUCAAAGGAGCAGACCCAAGCAAAUGCAUUGUUAAGAUUACAGGAGAAAUGGUAUUGUCCUUCCCCGCUGGCAUCACCAGACACUUUGCCAACAACCCAUCCCCAGCUGCUCUGACUUUUCGGGUGAUAAAUUCCAGCAGGUUAGAGCACGUCCUGCCGAACCCCCAACUUCUUUGCUGUGAUAAUACACAAAAUGAUGCCAAUACCAAGGAAUUCUGGGUAAACAUGCCAAAUUUGAUGACUCACCUAAAGAAAGUCUCUGAACAAAAACCCCAAGCUACAUAUUAUAAUGUGGACAUGCUCAAAUAUCAGGUGUCAGCCCAGGGCAUUCAGUCCACACCUCUGAACUUGGCAGUGAACUGGCGAUGUGAGCCUGCAAGCACUGACCUGCGCAUAGAUUAUAAGUACAACACAGAUGCCAUGACCACCGCAGUGGCCCUUAACAAUGUGCAGUUCCUGGUCCCCAUAGAUGGAGGAGUGACCAAGCUCCAGGCUGUGCUUCCUCCAGCAGUUUGGAAUGCUGAGCAGCAAAGAAUAUUAUGGAAAAUUCCUGAUAUCUCCCAGAAGUCAGAAAACGGAGGCGUAGGUUCUUUACUGGCAAGAUUUCAGUUAUCUGAUGGCCCAAGCAAACCCUCCCCGUUGGUUGUGCAGUUCACGAGCGAAGGAAGCACACUAUCCGGCUGUGACAUUGAGCUAGUGGGAGCAGGGUACCGGUUUUCACUCAUCAAGAAGAGGUUUGCUGCAGGAAAAUACUUGGCAGAUAACUAAUAAAAUCUCAUGCAAGGAUUUGGAAGAUCCAUGUCCUGGAGAACUAUUGUAUGAGAGAUGGGUUUCAAUCUGGUUUGAUGAAAACAAACCUCUAUCUAUACUUGGGGUUGUUCUACCUACUGGAAAGUCCUGGCUUUCAGCAGUGAUUUCCCACACACAGUACUAUGAUGAUCAGUUCUACAGUAUUUACUUCUAGGUGUAAUAUUGCUAAUGGUUUUAAAAUGUAAUUAUUGUAUUUGUAAACUGUACCUUCAUUCCAGUAUAGGCACUUAGACACUUGAGUUUUAGUAUUUUCCAUUCCUGAAACGGAUGUAAUUUAAAUUGUGGUAUGUAAAUUUAAUAGUAGUACUGUUGAAUGGCACAAUGCUUACAGAGAUAGAGUGAAUUUUGUCAAUAUAUAAAAUUUAAAUAUAAUGUUGAUAGUUAUCAUAAAGGGGGUGUCACACAUCAAGAACCUUAAAUGGAACCAGAAGGAAAAAAAAACUUAACUCUCCUCUAGUGCUAAUGAAAACUUCUAGCUUCAGUUUAGUGGGUUAAAUUCAGAAACUAUUUCAGAAAAAAAAAAGAUUCUAAAGUUACAGCAUAUUCAAAGAGAAGCAUUAAUUACCACUUUUUAAAAAGCUUUUUUUUCAAAUUGCAAAUUUCAUAAAAAUGAAAACUGUGUAAACAGGGCCUCUUAUUUUUAUAACUUGUGUAAAAAGGGAAAAGCAAUUCAUAUUUAAAGUUUAAGUAUAUUAAAUUAUAUCCAAGAGUGCAGAGGACGUUGACAUUUUAGCUGACCCCACUCCCCUUCUCUGCAGUUUAGCAAACUCGGAGAUUGUUAACCCAUCAGAUUAAAGGCAACAUGAUUUUUAAAGUUUCAAGACUUUCUGUAGCUGAACUGGUUAAUACUUUUGCACAGUUGCUCAGAGCAGAGGGGCCACUCUCAUCCAGCAGCCAGGAGUACCCCAUUUCCUCUUUACUCACAAGAAUCAAAACACUAAGAGUAAGGACCUUAGAGGAAAAAAGAUACUUCCCUAUUUAGAUUCAAAAGGAGAAUUUUAAGCUUCUCAUUUCCAUCUCUGGAGAGGGAAGAAAUAAGCUUUAUAAAAGAAAUUCUAUUCACCUUGUUGUCCUAUGAAUAUUUUCUGAAUGAUUUUAAGAUUCAUCGUAUAAAACUAUGAAUCUUUGCCGUUCUUGGGGAAUGGAAAGCAGAGUCAUGGCAGUGGCCUUGCAGCUCGAUAAAUGCCACCAUUCUGGGGCAGGGCAGGGGGGAGGGUUGCCCCACAGGACAGGAAUCUGGUCAUUGUCCUGUGAGGUCUAAAGAUGAAGUCUUCCAGUAAGUCACAAGUUAUUUUCAACAGUUCAACACAACUGCAAUUGUGUUGGGGUGUGUAGCUUUCACUGUUGUAUUUCAUUUUGUAUUCACUCAAACUUGACAAAGAUCUGAAUUCAGCUCCUUUCAAUUCUGGAAUCAAACUAAAUGUUUUUAAGUCUUACUUCAACAAUGAGAUUUCAAUUGGCAGCUGUCUCCAGCAAGCUUUGCAAAUUAAUCUAUGUUCUCUUCAAUCAAUGCUUGCUACCAAAAGAAUGUCCAAGAUGAUCCAUUUUACCUGGGAAUAAUUCCUCCUGUUUAAAAUAGGCUCUCGCCUAGUUCCCCAAAGCAGCCUGGCUUUGAAGGUUGUUUUUUUGAACAAAUUAAUUUGUUCAUAAUAAGUUUGGUUUUGAAACUGAAAUAGAGAAAUAAAAUGUAAAACUUAAAUCUCAUGGAACACGGGGAAAUGAAAACUUAAGCCAAUGGAGAAUAAGAAUCAGGAAGAUGAAACUUAUCUAGAAUGUGAUUAUAAAAUGUUUUUAAGUAGUCAAUUCAUGGAAAAAUAUUGAAUAUUAAUACAAAAGCAUAUUAAAAUGUGUAAAUAUUACUGUUUCUCAUGUUUUUCUCUUUAUAUCUUAUUUUAUAUAGCUUUAGAAUGAAUUAGUCCUUACAUACAUGGUGUUUCUUUCCAAAGAAUAAUUUUAUUGAUAUUGUAAAAAUGUAAUUAAAGAUAGAGAUUUGAACAGUCUCUAACAUUACUCAAAUGUUUCCAGGAAUCAAAUUCAAAAUUGUAAAGAAAUCCUGUAGUCCCUUAAUUGACUUUUGGGAGAUGGAAUGGCAGUUAGUGAUCUCAAAACUAAGACUUGAAUAAUGAGAACUUCAGUGGAGAAGUGGGUGGUUCCUUCUGGUUCAGAAAACAGCAUAUGCCCAUACUGGGGAUGGAGACCCCAGUACUCUGAUUGGUUUUAAUUCUGUAGAUUUUCAUCUCCUGUCAGAGCUGUAUCUGCACACUGUGGGAUAGGGAUUCAUUCAUGUUCUGAGAUGUGGUCCUAAUCGAGGCAAGGUUUCAGUCAUCAAUGUCUAUUGAGUCAGGUUCCCUUUUGUCUAAACAAAAUGGGUUAACUCAUAGCCAGAUGGUUUGCAGGACAGUGAGCAAAGUAAGACCAAGUUCUGGUUAUCUAGAGAGCUGUUUCCUAAACACUCUGAUUUUUAAAGCUUGUAGAAAGUGUGAAUGUUUUAUUUUGGUGACAUAGAAAGUAAUGUUUUCCUCUUCAAAUAAAUCCCAUAUUUUUAUGAAAUUAAAAAAAUAAAUUAUUGUUUAAAUUA